AUGGCCUUCGAUGAAUCUUCAGCUCUGGCCCGGAUGUUCAUCGUCAAGAAUAUCAAUAUCUCGCCCUCUCCUACUGUACCGCCAGAUCAGGAUGCCACUACCGAAUCAGAAAGACUCAAUCUAUCCUUCAUGGACCUACCACGAGAACUCCGAGAUAUCGUAUACGAGCUCUACCUACCGGAUACAGAAUCUACAUACGACGCAAAGACACACAAGUUUACCAUCAUCAACCAGGACGCUAACGACACGUCCCUUGGCUUCACUUGUCAUACCAUCUUAGAGGAGUUACUUUGUCGCGCAUUCGAAGUCAAUCUCACUUUCCAUGCUGCUUUCGUGCACACGCCACGCGAGAGUGACGACCAAUGGGUCGAUGACAUUGGCCACAUCUUACUUUACAAGGAGGAUGUCGUCGAUGAAAUGGCCCGUAGAUUUCUAACGGAGGCCGGAGAGGAAGAGAUAGCUACAUGCUAUCCACAGUUUCAGCCCAUACUCUCUGCCUGGCGCUCGAACCGCGAUGAGACAUGGUUCUCCAAGGGCUAUGACUGGGGAGAGGCUCCAUCCAUAUAUCGCGACUUCAUCCAGCACACGUUGACUGUGCUGGCAAAGCAUCCCGAGUUCGCGAACGACGACAUCGAAUGGAUGGACAUCUUGCGGCUACCAUCAGGCGCCCAACUACCAGCUCGCAAUCUGUUAGAUCUCACCAACCUACAGUCAAGACUUUGGGCAAUUCCCACCAACACAGACUUCACACAAACCGCGUCUGUACCUGGCGUGCCGACUGAAGAUACCGCUAUUCGCUUGAAGACCGCUCGAUAUCCGUUCUCAGCUGCAGCCAUCGCACUACAAUUCCUCAAUUUCACACCCCAAGGGCUGCGAAAGAAGAUCAAACGCCUUCGUCUGAUCGAGCAACAAGAAUCCAUCGCAAAUCCUGAGUGCCACAUGCGAGGCUUUAUACCUUUCUGCAUCGACAUGCCGAAGCUACGCAUCGAACGACGUGUCAGCAUCUGGAAAACUGAUUCUGCUUUCCAUCACCCAUAUCCUUGGCGUGAUGAGGGACGGAUUAUCCUCGUGCCCCUCCAUGGCCAGAUUGGUGGCGUCCUGUUGUAA